AUGAUUACGGUAAGUAAAAAUAUUCCAAUGGGGAAUCAGACAAUAUAUACUGAGUUUUUUCUCUCCGGAAUGUCUGACCUUCCAACCCUUCAGCUCCCGCUCUUCCUUUUCUUCCUUCUCAUCUACCUUCUGACAUUAAUAGGGAAUUUUCUCAUCAUCGUCCUCAUUGUGACUGACUCUCGCCUCCACGUUCCUAUGUAUUUCUUCCUCGGGAACCUGGCUGGAUUGGACCUCUGUUGUUCUUCGGUCACCGUCCCACAAAUGUUAUUUGACCUUCUCACCAGGAGGAGAAUGCGUACAGUAACAGCUUGUAUGGCUCAAGUUUUCUUCUUUAUGUCCUUUGCCGGUUGUGAGGUGUUUCUGUUGUCCACCAUGUCCUAUGAUCGAUAUGUCGCCAUUUGUCAGCCGUUACAUUACACACAGGUCAUGCAGUGGAAAGUGUGUGUACAAUUUGUCUCCAUUGUGUGGUGUAUCAGUUUUACCAAUUCCUUAGUUCACACAGUUUAUGCCUUGAAAUUAAAAUUUUGCAGGUCACAAAUCAUCAAAAACUUCUUCUGUGACUUGCCCCAGUUAUUUCAGAUCUCUUGUAAUGACAUACACAUGAAUAUCAUGCUCCUUCUUCUCUUUGGUGUCUUCCUUGGAGUGGUGUCUUUAAUAACGAUCCUCCUGUCCUACGUCUCUAUCUUUAACACUGUCUUGAAAAUGAAAGUUAAAGACAACAAAACAAAAGUCUUCUCUACAUGCACCUCUCACCUGACAGUGGUCUUUCUAUUUUAUAUCUCUGUUGUGCUUAAUUAUUUCACUCCAGGUUUUAGUUAUAAUUUUACCAGUUACAAAGUGGUGUCUGUUUUUUACACAGUGAUCCUUCCUCUCCUCAAUCCUAUGAUUUACAGUCUGAGGAGCCAGGAUUUCAGAGUGGCAUUUCAAAAUAUUUCAAGGAAAAUCAUCUCCAAUCUAACAUAG